AUGUCGAAGUAUGGAAAGAUAGCAAUGCUUAUGAUAAAUAUUUCCGAUUAUGGUGGAAGCAGAAGCAUUUGGAUGGACUUCCACCCUUGUAUUUUAAAAUACAAGCCACUUGACCUAGCCUUAAUAAUGAUCAAGUUCCUAUCAACAGAACUUCAAAAUAAUCAAUCUAAGACGACCCUUCAUACUUUAAGCAUAGAGUAG